GCCGGCAUGCCGCCGCGGGAGCUGAGCGAGGCCGAGCCGUCCCCGCUGCGCGCCCCGAGCCCCCCGCCGCCGCCGCGCAGGGCCAGCGCGCCCCCCGAGCUGGGCAUCAAGUGCGUGCUGGUGGGCGACGGCGCGGUGGGCAAGAGCAGCCUCAUCGUCAGCUACACCUGCAACGGCUACCCCGCGCGCUACCGGCCCACGGCGCUCGACACCUUCUCGGUGCAAGUGCUGGUGGACGGAGCCCCGGUGCGCAUCGAGCUCUGGGACACGGCUGGACAGGAGGACUUCGACCGCCUGCGCUCGCUCUGCUACCCCGACACCGACGUGUUCCUGGCCUGCUUCAGCGUGGUGCAGCCCAGCUCCUUCCAGAACAUCACGGAGAAGUGGCUGCCUGAGAUCCGCACGCACAACCCGCAGGCCCCGGUGCUGCUGGUGGGCACCCAGGCCGACCUGAGGGACGACGUCAAUGUACUGAUCCAGCUGGACCGAGGCGGGCGGGAGGGCCCGGUGCCGCCGCCGCAGGCCCAGGGCCUGGCCGAGAAGAUCCGCGCCUGCUGCUACCUCGAGUGCUCGGCCCUGACGCAGAAGAACCUGAAGGAGGUCUUCGACUCGGCCAUCCUCAGCGCCAUCGAGCACAAGGCCCGGCUGGAGAAGAAGCUCAACGCCAAGGGCGUGCGCACCCUCUCCCGCUGCCGCUGGAAGAAGUUCUUCUGCUUCGUGUGACGCGUCCUGGACCCGAGGGUGUGGUCGGCCGCUGGCCGCGGACUAUGGCACCUGGCUCCCCCGCGUUGGAGGGGGCUCUGGGCAGCCCUGUGCCACCCCGCAGGACUCAGUUCCUUACUGGACACUGUGGGGAAGGGGCCUCUCCUCUAGGCCAGGGUGGGCCUGGAUUUCUGUGGCUAGGCCUCAGAGAAAGCCCACCGCUUGGAAUCUUGCCUGGCAUGGGCCUAACAGUGUCUUGCAACUCAAAGCCCAUCACUGGUCUGAGUCCUGGUUUCUCAGCAGGGGGUGUCAGGUGGGCCUGACUGCUUUAGGACCCCCUGUGGUCACCGUCGGGGCAGGAGAGAGCUCGAACCCAGAUGGCUGGCCUUGUUGGAUAGCUAGCUGCAAGGUAUCCAGCGCUGGUGUGAAGAGAUGUUUAGGAUGGACCGAGAGCAAGAGAGCAGAAAGCCAGACCUGGGCACCAGGGAAACAGAGGCAGGCAGCCCGGCUGGCUGGGAGUGGGAGGAGGAGAUAGAGCAGGAGGAGAACCAAGAAAUGGGGCAGCGGAGGAGCUCAGCUGACACCUGGACUGCCCUCACCCCCCAAGGCCAGGCCAGGGAGGGAGGGCGGGGCCGUCCCUGGGAAGAUGUGGGUCCCAGGGCUCCCUCAAGCACUGCCCAAACUGGCUGGACCAGGAGGAGGGCAGGAAGUCAGCCGGGAGGCCCCACAGGAGGAGGGGGGAGGAACUGCAAACCUGAGCCUUCAGGUAGAAAGGGCCAGGGGUCACCUUUCUCCAAGGUCACAGCCUGCAAGGCAUUACCCGCAGGUCUGCAAAUAAAGUCUUGCGUUUCUGAA